AUUACGUUUUCCAUGGAAUUUUUGCAAAGAAAGUGAAUUUAUGGGCGGAGCAUUCUUGUGGGCGGAGCUUAUUAAGGACAUCAAGCAGAAAAUGAGUCAAACAUUCCUCAAGCAGCAAGAUUCUUCAGGUUUUUCCCCGGUUCAGUUCGCUCUCUCGCGAUCUUUUAUGAGCUUUUUCGUCUCGUGUCGCGCGAUUGCAUUUCAAUAAUAUUGUUGUCAUUAACAUUCCAUCGAUCUGCAGCUUGUCGUGAUUGUCACUCGCGAGUGUCGCUGAAAAGUUGGGAAAAUUGCUCUUCUUUGUGUGGUUUUUUUUCUCAGUGUCCCGCGCAAUUGAUUCACCGCAAAAAUUGCUGCUUGAAUUUCAAUCAAGGCUGAGGGAAUCUAUUAGCGGGAGAAGAAACGCUGAGCCAGUGAAUAUUGAGACUUGGUGGGAUUUACAUAAGAACUGCGAUUCGGACGCUGCAAAGAGUGCCAAAAAGUCAUCUUUCUCGGAAUGCAAUUUCUGGCGUGAGAGGUGAAAUUUGUCGGGAGUCUCAGUCUCUCUGGAAGCGGACUUUCGCCGGCGAAGAAUGUGAGUGAAAAUCCCGAACAAGAAGCGCGCCAAGAUGUUUCACGUGAAUCUGAAGCUGCUGCCCAUCAAGGCGCACUACUUCUUCUUCAUGGCCGCCAUGGGACCAAUUCUGCCGCAGAUCAACGUGAUCGGGAAGCAAAUGGGCAUUCCGCCGGACAUCAUGGGCCUCAUCACGUCCAUCCUGCCCAUCAUGUACGUCCUGGCGAAGCCAGUGGUCGGCUUUCUGGCGGACUUCUUCACGAGUCUCAGGAAAGUGAUCUUCAUGGCAAUCAUCGUGAUGAUGACAAUCUGCUAUGCUGGCUUCUAUCUUUUGCCUCAGCCGAAGGAAAUCGCUGGGAAAUCCCAUGAAUUCUCCAUCAAUGCUUCGCAAAUCUUCGUCUGCAACGCCUCAGAACUGGCUCAGAGUCAGUGGCUCACCGUGAAGUGCUCGACGAAUUGCUCAAAUGUCGUCCAGGAGUUGGAGGGAUUGGCGAAUCCCAGUGAGAGUGGCCUCUGUGUCGAUGGAAAAGUGCCUGAAUCUCUGACUGGCGUUUGCUUGGCGCAAUGCGAAGAACACUCAGACUUGGCGCUGCUCGAUCCCGGCGCUUUCUGGGCAUUCGUGGUGCUGAUGUGUGUCGGCACGAUCGCGUUCAAUGUGAUCAACAGCCUGAGCGACGCCGUGUGCUUCGACGUGCUGGGCGAGAGUCAGGAGAUGAAGUACGGCCAGCAGAGAGUCUGGGGCACGAUCGGCUUCGGCCUCACGGCGCUGAUCGCGGGCAUUGCGGUGGACUUGAGCACCGCCGGCGCGGUGAAGAGCAUCGCGCCGGCCAUUCUGGUGAUGGUGAUCUUCAGUGUUCUGGAUCUCUUCACGGUGACGAAGCUGAAACUUCCGAAAUUGUCGUCUUCCGAGUCGAUUCUGAAGGAUGUGAUGAAAGUGCUGCGACGCCCAGACAUCUUCAUCUUCCUGGUCUUCGCCACGAUCGCUGGCAUCAUCGACUCCUUCAUCAUUUACUACAUGUUCUGGCAUCUGGAGGAAGUGGCGGCGGAGACGGGCUUCGAGGCCUCUAUCAAGCUCAUCGAGGGCUGCGUGGUGGCUGCCGAGUGUCUGGGCGGUGAGAUUCUGUUCUUCCUGGUCUCCGGGCGCAUCCUGAAGCGCAUCGGCUUCGUGCACUGCCUCAGUCUGUGCUUCUUCACGUACUCCGUGCGCCUGGCGCUGAUUUCUGUGAUCCCCAAUCCGUGGUACCUCGUGCCCGUGGAGCUGUUCAUGCAGGGCGCCACGUAUGCGCUCUGCUACACCUGCAUCGUGGCCUACGCGUCCGCCAUCGCGCCGCCGGGCGCCUCCGCCACCAUGCAGGGCCUCGUGGCCGGCAUGGACGACGGCCUGGGCUUCGCCGUCGGCAGUCUGAUUGGCGGACAGAUGUACAAGCGCCUGGGCGGCCGGCUGAGCUUCCGUGUCUUCGCUGCGGGCGCCUUUCUCACCGGCGUCGCGCACGUCAUCCUCCGGCCGGCGACCAAGAGCAUCCCGCCGGGCGCCAGAGAGCAGUACGAAGUCCCACCGGAGCAGGACAAGGUCGUGACGUGAGCGAAAGUAGCCAAUUUAUACGUAAAUUUUAUACUCUCAGCGAAACUUUUGCAACAUUAAGAAGAAAAUGUUACUUUACACACUCAGAAGAAUAAAGGCGUUUUGAAUGCUCUUAAAAUGGA